AUCAGAUAAAAGAAGUACAAGUAAAUGUUGAACCAGGCAUGGAUGUCAUGACCUUAGUUUUUGGCAAGGAAAAGGACGGAUUUUUAAAGGGUGUCGGCAUAGGAGUUACUUACAACAUAUAUUUCAAUGUUCCUCGCAAUAAAGGAUCAUCUAAGGAAGAAAUCAAAGAUCUUAAAGUUGCAUUGCAUAAUGGAAAACUUGAGCUUGAGAAAAAAGAUGUUGAACUCAAGGCUUUGUCUACAAAGGUUAAUGAACAAGAUCAAACACUAAAGCUAGUUUUGGCUCAUCUUAAAGCAAAAGGAGCUGACUUUCCAAAUCUGUCUCAUACAGUUCUAAGGUAUUUCAAGUGACAAGAUCGUUGAAAGUAGUGAAACGACUCCUAUUAGUCUCAAAACCAAGGAACCAUCAAAACCUGUAACACCAGU